AUGCAGAACCUUACUGAGUUUCCAGGUAAUUCGACCUAUGACAAAACUCUGUCUGUGAUCAUCAAGGUGUGCGUGGUUAUCCCCUUCUUCUGCGUCUUCCUCUGCUUCAUAGGUGUCAUGUUGCAUAUUUUUGCGUGUCACAGACAGUUCCUGGACACCUCGCGUUACAUCCUCUUUGCUCACGUGCUCAUUAAUGACACCCUCCACCUCUUAUCCUCUGUGCUGCUCUUUCUCUUUGUCAUGGGUCAGGUCAAGUUUGCCAUUGUCUACUGUGUUCCUAUGCUCCUUAUUUCCACCGCCACUUUCCAGAUCACGCCUUUACUCUUAGCCACAAUGUCCCUGGAGCGUUAUGUUGCCAUCUUCUACCCCUUACAGCGCCCGGCAGCCUGGCGCUCAGACCGCAUCUGGGUCAUUAUUCUGUCCCUGUGGCUCAUCAGCUGCAGCACCCCACUCAUCGAAAGCGCCAUGAGGGAACCGGAUCCUGCUGUGAAUGACUUCUUCACGCCUGUGGUCUGCAAAUCCAGCGCUGUCAACUCAUCUCCAAUCCAGACAUUAUUUAAAGCUGCCACAAAUAUUAUUUUCUUCGCAGUAGUGGCUGUCAUCAUCCUCUUUACAUACAUGAGGAUCCUGCUGGAGACCAGGAAGCUGAGACAAGACCGAGUGUCAGUGGACAAAGCCCUGCACACUGUGCUGCUGCACGGCUUUCAGCUGCUGCUCUCCAUGUUGGCCUUUACAAGCCCCCUAACUGAGAGUUUCAUUGUGAGGCAUGUGAAGUGGUUACCGGAGGACAUCGCCUUUUUUAAUUACUUCUGUUUCAUGCUGAUCCCCCGCUUUCUCAGCCCGCUCAUCUAUGGAUUCAGGGAUCAGAUUCUCAGGGCCUACAUCGUGAAAAUGUUUCUCCGCUGCUCAAACAAAGUGAGACCCCACUUCAGAGGCAAGCUGCGGGACAAUUUUCCUGCCUCUUGA